CAAGCGUCGAGUCGUCGGUGUACCCUGGAAGGAAAUGGUCACAUGUUUGUAGGUCACAUCAACAAUAUUUGUCCACAUGGUGAUACAUGUGUAUUCUAAGGUACUUACGUGUUUAAAAUAGGCUUUUUGUUUUACUUCUGUCGGCUUUUAAACCUCUCUGUAACGUUCAGUAACGUUAGCUUCUUUUAGCCAAGCUAACCGGAUGUAGCCUACAUUUUUGAAACAAGGCUAGCCGGUUGAAUUUAACUCUAUCUAGCUCUCGUUGUCCUGCUCACUGUCAAAUAUCUGGACUUUUUAAUUCGCUAAUAUGAAAGGAAAGUGGAAGGAGAGAAGCAAAAAGAAGAAAGGAAAUGCAGUUUUGCAGAAGUACAUGGUGGCAGUGGGUGAGUUUGUGAAAAGCAAAAGUGGCACAGAGGAAGAAGUAGAGGAUGACCGUGGCUUGAAGUUUGUUAAAAAGAAAAGCAGAAAGGAGCUACGCAAAGAAAAGCGAAAGCUAAAAAAAAUGAAAAUGAAAAGUCAUUAUGAGGGUAAAAAGAUUAUUAGUUUACCCACUGAUGAGGGUGAACACUCAGGAAUGUCAGCUGAUAAAAAGCCACAGCUGCAGAAGAUAGAGAAAGGAAAGAAAGAAGUGUCAAAAACACAUCCAAACAAGUCCACUAGUGCUCCUACAGUGAAAUCAGAGAACUCUAAAACACAAUCUUCCAAGGUAGGUAAGAAAAAGAUAAAUAAGCUUCAGGAGUCACGUAAGAUGGCUCUUCUGGAGGCAAAUGAACAAGAGGACAGAGAAAUAAAGAAGUUAGAGCGUUGCCUUAGAUUAAACAAGAGAAAAAAUAAGAAAAGUCUCCCACAGUCAUUUGUGGCUGAUGGACUUGAUUACAUCCUUGGUGUUCUUGACUCUGGCUCUUCGGCUAUGGGGAUGUAUGACAGUGAUGAUGACAUGGACGCAGCUAAAGAGAACUUCAAAAAGCUCGAUAAGAACGACACUCAACUGUCAGAUGAGGAUGAAGAGCCAGGAGAUGAUGAGAUGGCAAGUGAAGGUAGCGAUGAUGAUAUGGAUUCAUGUGACGACGAAAACGAGGUUACAGAGGAUGAUGUGGAUGAUGAAGAGAUUAACGAUGAGGAUGGUGAUGAUGAAGACAUUUUUAAUGAUGAGGAAGCUGAUGAUGAGGAAAUGGAGGAUGGGGUGAAUGAAAGUGAUGCAGCAGACUCAGAAGAUGAAAAUGAGGAGGAUGCAGAAGAAGAAGUCGACACUCCUGACACAAAGACACCAGGAUCAAACUCAGAAACUGUUACCCCUGCAGCAGGUAAGUAUGUGCCACCUCACUUGCGUAACACUGGAGAUGAUAAACGCAAAGCUGAACUAGAAAAACUGAAGAGGAAUGUGAAAGGCCUGAUGAACAGGCUGAGUGAGCCCAACAUGGCGUUCAUCAGUGGUCAGCUAGAGGAGUUAUACAUGAGCUGCAGCAGAAAGGACAUGAAUGAUACUCUAACAGAGCUGCUACUAGCAGCCUGCGUUACCCCAGCCCUGAUGCCUGACAGACUACUGAUGGAGCAUGUCCUGCUUGUCAGCAUCCUCCAUCAUGCUGUGGGGUUGGAGGUGGGAGCUAAUUUUCUGGAGACAGUCGUGCGAAAGUUUGAUGAGAUGUACAAGAACCCAAGUGAGAGCAAAGAGUGCGACAACCUGGUUGCCAUUGUUGCUCACCUCUAUAACUUCCAGGUGGUGCACUCGGGUCUCAUUUUCGACAUUCUAAAACUUUUGGUGGGAUCCUUUACAGAGAAAGACAUUGAGUUAGUUUUGUUUGUACUGAGGAAUGUCGGCUUUGCCCUGAGGAAGGACGACGCUCUGGCUCUCAAGGAUCUCAUCUUUGAAGCCCAACGCAAGGCCGGCGACGUUGGGGCGAAGUUUCAGGAUCAAACCAGAGUGCGUUUCAUGCUGGAGACCAUGUUGGCUUUGAAGAACAAUGAUAUGCGGAAGAUCCCAGGCUAUGAUCCUGAGCCUGUGGAGAGACUGAGGAAGUUGCAGAGAACUCUGAUCCACCGGAGUGCAGGAGGCAGUGACAUGAAACUCAGGGUCUCUCUGGACAAUCUCCUGGCAGCAGAGCAAGUGGGCCGCUGGUGGAUCGUCGGCUCCUCGUGGAGCGGAGCACCCAUGAUCAGUGAACAAGGCAACACAACCUCAAAACAGAGUACUGCUGAAGGACAGUUUAGCACCAAAGUUUUGGAGCUGGCGAGGAAACAAAGGAUGAACACGGAGGUCAGAAGAAACAUCUUCUGUGUGGUUAUGACCAGCGAAGAUUACCUGGAUGCAUUUGAGAAACUGCUGAGGAUGGGUUUAAAGGACAAGCAGGAGAGAGAGAUCGUCCAUGUUCUGAUGGACUGCUGUCUGCAGGAGAAAACCUUCAAUGCAUUUUAUGCCGUGCUGGGAGAGAAGUUCUGUUCCCACGACCGACGCUUCCAGAUGACUUUCCAGUUCAGCCUAUGGGACAAAUUCAGGGAGCUGUCCAACCUUCCCAGCAGCACCUUAAACAACUUGGUCCAGCUGGUUACCCGGUUCCUCCAGAAGAAGUGCCUCUCACUCUCCAUACUCAAAGUAAUAGAGUUUGGAGAGCUAGACAAGCCCACAGUUCGCUUCUUGCGUCAGUUGCUGACCAAACUUCUAAAAGAAACUGAGCCUGAGGAUCUAGCCAGCAUAUUUGGAAGGAUUUCAGGAAUUCCCAAGCUAGGAAUGCUGCGGGAGGGCUUGAAGCUUUUCAUCAGCCACUUCCUGCUGAAGAAUGCCCAGUCACAGGGACCAGCUGAGCAAGCAGCUGUGCUGUCAGAGCGCGCUCAGGUCGCCACCAAAGCCAUGGAGGCCAAAGAGGCCAAGCUCAAACUGUAAAACACACACAAACACAUGCCAGAAACCCGAAAGACGUACGUAACAAAAAGAUGGAACAAAAGGAGGCUUGUUGGAGUGACAUUGCUUCUUAUGAUGCUCCUAUGAACACAAACCCACAAUUUACUCAAAGAAAAAAUAAGUGAGUUUUUGCUUUGAGAAUUUCUUGUAAAUAAUUGUUACCAUGAAGAUUUUUAAAUCUGGAAGAUGAUGAAGAUGCCUUCAAACACACACCGAUCUUAACGCCAUCUAUAUUAUUUUAUUACAUAGUGGUUCAGCUAUGUUAUUCUGCCAUAAAUAUCUAUACAUUUUUCUUACGUUUAAUGACAAUUUCACAUACUGUAUUACAACUCCCAAAUACAUUGUCCGAGUUGUUGCUUGUACAGUUUAUAAAUCAGGGUUGAAAUGAUAGAAAAUACUGUUCCCUACCAGACAAAUUCUAUCUCGUUAAUUUCAUGAAUAAAUAAGACAUUUUGCCCAAAGCUUUGACUCCUUUUUUUUUCUUUUCUUUAGAAAGAAAGGGGGAAAAAAAUUGAUUUAUUUAUUCUCGGCUUUAAUAUUUUUCUGAUUCCGCCCUCUUGACGGCAGCGUACAACAAAAGUUCAUAUCACAUCGCCUGCACACCUGGAAUCAUUCUUCUGGGCUUAACUGAGUCUAUUUACACACUUGCACAAACAAAAGCAUAUUACAAUAAAUCCUUUUUCAGCCUUAAACACAA